CUCAACCAUUAAAAUCCUUCUGAAACUUAUUCAGAUCUCUCUACCCAUUUAUAGAUCCGUAUCACUGGGCUCAUUCAAUAUACAUGAUGAGUGAAGACCGGAGUGGAUCUUUCCAUUUUCCUCCAAACAUGAAACAUAAUCGCAAUAUACUAAUUCUCCCCAGGUUUUUACACGUUGUUUGUUCUAAACUUUAGCAAAAAUCCGUUCUUUUCAAAUAUAUAUAUCCCAUUGGGCAGCGUUUGGGUCUUCUGCAAACACCAUGAAGCGGAAAAUGCGCCCAGUUUUCAGCGCAAUUGUGUUCUUAGCACUGGGUAUGACGCUUAUUGUCCGUGUUUUCCUCAGAUACUGCUCAAUUGAGUCAAGAAUUGAAAACCCUUUUGCGAAAAUGGCCCAAAAAGUGGUCUUCAAUGAGACCCUUACCAAGUACGCACGCAUAGACAUUGGGGAGCCUCAGUUGAGGAAGGAGGUUGAGGAGCUGUUAGAAGGUAAUCUCCGAACUCAUGGCCGUCAUAGAUCUUUCCUGUCUUCUGGUAGACAUCGUAUUGAUCUUAGAAUCAGGUCGUCUGAUGGUAUGCCACUGCAGCUCCGGUCCCCUGAGUUUGACAUCCUAUGGUCUGGUUUUCGGAGGUGUUUGCGUGAUUGGUUCCGUAAUAGGAGGUUUCAGACAAGCUCCAUGAUUGACUUUUUCUUUGAAGUGAAGGCUUUGAUUGAUAAGCAUAAUGGGAAAACAGAGAAGAUGAACAAGAAGAGGAGGUUUAGUUCAUGUGCUGUUGUGGGGAAUAGUGGGAUUCUAUUGAAUAGUGAGCAAGGGAAGUUGAUCGAUGGCCAUGAGGUUGUGAUCCGUUUAAACAAUGCCAAGAUCGAAGGGUAUGAGCGUAAUGUGGGAUCGAAAACAAGCUUUUCGUUUGUGAAUAGCAACAUAUUGCAUCUGUGUGCGAGAAGGGAAGGGUGUUUCUGUCAUCCUUAUGGCCCAAAUGUGCCCAUAGUUAUGUACAUUUGUCAGCCAGUCCAUUUCUUCGACUACAUGUCGUGCAAUUCGUCUUUCAAGGCACCUUUGAUUGUCACUGACCCACAAUUCGAUUUGUUGUGUUCUAUGAUUGUAAAGUACUAUUCUUUGAAACGGUUCGUGGAGGUUUCGGGGAAGAAUGUGGAUGAAUGGGGGGCUUCACAUGAUGGGGUUAACUUCCAUUACUCUUCGGGUAUGCAGGCUGUUAUGCUGUCUUUGGGAAUGUGUGAGGAAGUUAGCAUUUUCGGGUUUGGGAAAUCGGCAUCAGCCAAGCAUCAUUACCACACUAAUCAGAAGGCUGAGCUCAAGCUGCAUGACUAUGAGGCAGAGUAUGAUUUGUAUGGGGAUUUGAUGGAGAGGCCUCAGCUAAUUCCCUUCCUUCCCGAUAAGUUCACGGUCCCACGUGUUUCUAUACACCGAUGAUCGCAAGGUAAUGGGAGAGAUUUUCUGUCUAAAGACUUAAAUCACUUUGAUUCAUCAAUGCCCUGAAUUUAUCCAACCUCUGAUGAGGUGCAAGCCAAGUGUAGAAUGUAAUGUCAGUUGCUGAAUUGUACCCUUUUUUAGUAUUUCCAAGUUCUCAAAUAGAUAGUGUUUUGCUGG